AGGAUGGGGGGGCGGCCCUCGAGCCCCCUGGAUAAGCGGCAGCAGCAGCACCUGAAGGGUCAGGUGGACGCUCUGCUGAAGAACUUCCUGCCGUGCUAUCGCAGGCAGCUGGCGGCCUCGGUCCUGUGGCAGAUCUCCCGCGAGCUGGGCCCCCAGGAACCCGCCGGUUGCCAUCUGUUGCGCAGUAAGAAGCUGCCCCGCGUUCGCGAGCACCGAGGCCCUCUGACCCACCUGCGGGGCAGCCCGCCCCGAUGGCAGCCGAGCUUCUGCGUCCUGCGUGGGGACGGCCGGCUGGAGUGGUUUAGCCGCAGGGAGGAAUAUGAGAAUGGGCGCAAGCCUCUUGGCUCUGCAGCUCUGACGGGGUACACAGUCCUGACCUCACGUCCCGAGUACCUCUGCCUGUUGGAUGCUCUCUGCCCAGACCCCUCGGGAGAUCCUGCACAGGAAGAGCCUGACCCCCUCCUGGAAAUGCCCGCGAGUUUCCCCCUCUUCCUGCAGCACCCCUUUCGCCAGCAUCUUUGUUUCUUCACAACCACCAGGCAGGCGCAGCGUGCCUGGAAACUGGCCCUCCAGGGUGGCAUCCGGCUUCGGGGCACUGUCCUGCAGCGCAGCUCGGCCCCCGCUGCCCGGGCCUUCCUGGACGCCGUGCGGCUGUACCGGCAGCACCAAGGCCACUUUGGCGACGACGACGUGAACCUGGGCUCGGACGCCGAGGUGCUGACCGCGGUGCUGAUGCAGGAGCUGCUGCCCGCGUUGUGCUCCCAGACCCCGCCCGGCCUGAGGGGGGUCGGCCGCUCCCGCGCCCGCGCCCGCGCCUGGGCCUGGACCGAGCUUCUGGACGCAGUUCACGCCGCCGUCCUAGCUGGGGUCUCCGCAGAGCUCCGCGCCUUCCAGCCCGAAAAGGAGGAGCUGCUGGCCACCCUGGAGAGGACGAUCCGUCCCGAUGUGGACCAGACGCUCCGGCUGCGGGCGCGGGUGGCGAGGAGGCUGCGGGCCGAAGUCCAGGGCCCCCUAGAGUCGUGCCUGCGCCAAGAGGUGGAUGCACAGCUGGCCCGGGUCACGCAGACGCUGCUGAGCACCAUGGGGGCCGCUCUGGCGGCGGUUCGGACCCUCCUCGCACAGGGCAUGGACCGCCUGUUUCGCCACCUGCGUGGGAGCCCCUCCGGCGCGCGGUUGCGCAGGGAGGUCUACUCGUUCGGGGAGAUGCCGUGGGACCCAGAACUGAUGCAGACGUGCUACCGCGAGGCCCGGAGGAAGCAGGAACGCCUGCAGAAGCUGGCUACACCCUUUGGUUUCCUCGGGACUCGGAGCCUGGUGUUUAGGGUCCAAGAUCUCACUCAGCAGCUCAUGGCGGAUGCUGCAACCACCUUCCUGCAGCUGGCCGACCAGUGUCUGACGGCAGCCCUGGACUGCCAGCAGGCUGCCAAGCAGCUGGAGAAAGUCAGGGGGCGCGUGCUGAAGAAGUUCGAGUCGGACUGUGGCUCUGCGAAGAGGCAGUUUGUCCGUGAGUGGCUGGUACGCAUCUUCCUGCCCUUUGUGUUGGGCCAGCUGGAGCCGGGCCGCAAACUGGAGCUGCCUGAAGAUGAGGAGAACAUCCUUUCUGGGUGUGGCCAGGCCCUGACUAUCGAGGGCAUUUACGAGGACGUCGUCCGGGGUGUCUUGCUGCAGAGGAUCGACCAAGAACUGAAAAAGGCCCUCGGUGCAAGUGACGUGUCCUGCACUCCAGAUGGCUUCUUAGAUGCUCCAUGGGACCAGGACGGAGCAGAUGAGGAAACUGAGACUCAGAGAGGGGGAUGGACUUACCCCAGGCAGCCAUGCUCCAGCACUGAGGUCCAGCCACUCUGUCCACUGCCUCCUGAGAGAACAUUCCGGAGCUGAAUCUUUGCCCACAUCCACCCUUGUUUCCAUUGGAUAAGUGUCUGCAAGUGGAAUUUUUGGGCCAAAGCAUAUGCAAUAUUUCAAAGCUUUUGUUAACUCCCCAGCCUCAUUCCCCCCACCAGCAGCAUUUGUGAGUUUUCUCCAUAUCCUUUCCAAACACCAGGAAUUUUCAUAAAAUAAAAAACUCUUCUAUGAGUCAGGUUGACUAAAAAAACAAAAUAAAUAA